AUGGAUAUCUUUUACCUGGUUUAUUUUCUGACACACUUUUUUGCUGCAAUCUUUGUAGAUCUUCCAGUCUUCGAGUGGGUGCAAGACAAAUAUCCCUCUCUUUCUGCUGUUCGACGCUUUUAUUUGGACAAAUAUGAUGAUCCAAAUCUGAAAAAUCAUGCUCCAUGGCAGAAUGCUUUAUUCACUUCUGAAGCAUUUAUUCAGCUUCCCUAUUUCUUAUGGGCCUCUUGUAACCUCUGGAAAGGCACACAGAGUCCUAAAUUAUGGCUUUCAAUGUUGAUGUAUGGAAUACAUGCUGCCACGACGACUUGGAUCUGUAUCUUUGAAUUGUAUGCUCAACAAAAAUGGAUUCUUAUCUCUUUUUACCUCCCUUACUUGGUGAUUCCUUUGUUGAUGUCGGUUCACAUGUGCAAGCGAUUAAUAAGAGCCUGCACCGUUGCAGCAUCCCAGUCUUCUGCCACCUCUUCCACUACCCAAAAAAAGUUUAAUGAAUUUCCACAACUAGCAGAAGUCUUAGAAGAUCCUGAUCGAUUUGCAUCUACUUGGCAAACAUUAAAUUUUUCACAACUCCUUUCGAUGCCCAGAUCAUCUGCUUCUGCUCCUACUCCAUUUUCCAUGCCGACGGUUUCUGACGAUGAAUUGUUUGAUGUAGAAGUGCAACGACGAAUUGAAGAGCAAAUUCGUCAAUCAAAUAUUGCAGAAAAUAUGCAAAGCGCCAUCGAAAAUCACCCAGAGGUUUUUGGGCAAGUAUACAUGCUCUUCGUCAAUGUUGAAAUUAAUGGUCAUAAAGUAAAGGCUUUCGUAGACUCAGGAGCUCAAGCCACCAUUUUGUCUGCUGAUUGUGCUUCACGAUGUGGGUUGACUCGAUUGUUGGAUACGAGAUUUUCAGGUGUCGCGAAGGGUGUGGGCAUGGCAAAAAUUUUGGGCUCCGUACACAGUGCUCCUUUGAAGAUUGGGGACUUAUUCCUUCCUUGUCGUUUUACUGUAAUUGAGGGUCGUGACGUUGAUAUGCUUCUUGGUUUAGACAUGUUACGCAGAUACCAAGCAUGCAUCGACUUGGAAAAUAAUGUUCUUCGAAUCCAUGGUCAGGAGGUUCCUUUCUUAGGAGAAUCUGAAAUUCCAAAAAUGCAAGCAUCUGUGGAACCUUCUGCUGCUUCCCAGGGACUCGGCAUUGAGGCUGAUCCUUCAGUCGCUUCUGCCUCAGCUGCCUCUGUUGGAUCCCGUUUAGGUACAAAAGGUGAUACUGCACCAUCUCCAAGCGUUCCGGCAGCUUCAACUUCCUCUAGUAAUCCUAUCGUUAACACAUCAGGAGAUCCCACAGUUGAGUCGAAGAUUGCUCAACUUACUGGCAUGGGCUUUGAUCCGUUAGAAGCUGCUCAGGCUUUGGAAGCUGCUAAUGGAGAUAUUGAUGUUGCGGCUUCUUUCCUUUUAUAA